AUGGAUGUGAAAUGCACAGGAUGUUAUAAAAUUACCACCUUCAUUAGCCCUUUACAAUCAGUGGUAUUGUGUGUUGACUGCUCCGCUGUCCUCUGUCAGCCUACAGGAGGAAAAGCAACACUGACAGAAAGAUGCUUCUUCAGAAGGAAGAGGCACUAA